AUGGCUUCUCAGACAAAGUCCUCGCUAUUGUUGUUACCUCCGCCUCAAUCCUUCUCUUUCAGCGGGGUCAAGGAGGCUUUUGAGACCUCCGUUUCGGAUGUUCUGGUGAAACUGUCCAAGACUGUUGAAAACUCCAAUCAAAUUGCCACACUUUACAUUGCAUUGGCAGUUCCGAAUCUGCUGUCUUUGCCCAACAAGCCGCGUGCAAACACUUUUGCUCCAUUGCAACAUUACCUCAGCAGCAUCUAUACUUUGAUUGGAGCAGUGGGGACUGCUCGGGAUAUCGACCUUGAUUCCCCCGGUGGGAUUGAUACUCGAGUGAUAUUCAUUGAUCAUCUAUCUUCCAAUACUUCUACAAUCUCUCCCGGGUCUAAACUUGACGCCAGCAAUGACUUGCAUAUUGGGCCAAUUCUGAAGUUGCAUUCAUUGGCAACCUCGGGCCGACAAUGGAACCAUGUGUUUUAUCUUAACAAUCAAAUCGGACGGGAGCUGGCCGAUUCCUUUGUGACUAGUCUCCCUAGCCCAUCAAAGGAUCACACCGCAUCAAUUAUGCAGAAGAUUUCCUGCAGCGGAGACUGGCAAGUCCCGGCAUCUGUUCUGGUUCCCGAGGACCAGCCGUCCCUCAAGCCCCACUAUUCAGUUGCAGUAGGAGGAACCUUUGACCAUCUUCAUAUUGGGCAUAAACUCCUGCUCACGGCUACUGCACUAGCCUUAGAGCCGCUAGAUCCCACUAAUCAGGAUCAGGCAAGGAUUCUGACAGUCGGUGUGACAGGUGAUGCACUACUAGUCAAUAAAAAGUUUGCCGAGUAUCUAGAAAGUUGGGAGGAGCGCUUCCAAAGUACAGCAUCCUUCCUGGCUGGCAUUAUGGAUUUUUCACCCCAGAGUCAUGGUUCACUUGGACUUCCCAAGAUUGAACGCAGCCGAACUUCUGAUGAUAAGGGUCAAGUGGUGGCAAUGUACCUCCAACCCAACCUGAUCUAUAAAUUUGUGGAAUUUUUUGAUAUUUGCGGCCCUACUCUCACAGAUGAAGACAUCAGUGCGUUGGUAGUUUCGAAGGAGACGUCAGCUGGAGGGGCCAUGGUCAAUGAAGAGCGGGCCAAAAAGGGAUGGGCUAGAUUGACUAUCUUUGAAGUGGACGUGCUUCAGUCUGGGGAGGCCACAGCGGUCACGGGCGCCAACCCAUUUGAGGGUAAAAUCAGCAGCACAGACAUUCGACGACGUCGCAUGAACCGAGCUAAAGUAUGA